GCCAGUUUUCGACAGUCGGUUGCACAGGUCAAAACUCCUUCCGUGAACAAAUUGUGUUACCGGUAUUAUUAAAUAUACGUACAACAGUGUUUUGUUUUACGUAUACACUUUCCAACUAUUACGACAAACGGUUGCGUUCCGUGCGAUGCUAUCUUUGCUUUAAGCUUUUUAAUACAUUUUUUCAAAUAAUCUUAUGUUUUGAAAAUUAUGUAUUUAAAGAAUAUCUAAAAUCAAUUUGACAAAUCAUUGGAUAUAUAUCAUGGCCAAGCCAAAACAACUCCUGCAAGUCUGCUUGCUGAUCACGUUCACGGUCAGUGCGCUAUGUUUGAAAAAUGUCGACCAAACAAGACUUAUAGCAGACAGGCCUAAACACCAAAAGCCCGUAUCGUGGGAUCAAAAUUCUAACUUAUGGAAAAACAAACAAAGUUCUGUUCCUCCAUAUGCCGUAAAAAUGGAGCCCAUGGUGCAUUACUCGCAACAAGAUCCACUCUACUUAAAUGCAAAUCAUUCAGCCACACCAAAAAUCGAUUUUGAUAGUCACGCAAGUGGUUCUGAAUUUGGUAUAUCGUCAAAUUAUGGUUCACCUAACGCUGUGUAUGGUGCACCGUACCAACCAGACUACUACAAGGAACCGGAACCAAUUAUUGAAAUAAUUAUAAAAGAAUCUAACGAAUCACUUCCAGCGCCACCAACACCACCACCUGUUCCUGUAACAAAACCACAGAAAGAACCUGUUCAAGUUUUUUAUGUAAAAUAUAAAAAAAAUCCAAAUUCAUAUGGUGAUAAAGAAGACAUUAUAUACGAACCACCUGUACCUGCAUUAACACCUAGUACGGAGGCCGUCAGUGAAAGUGAAACAGUAAUUUCUACGGAAUCGUCUCCUCUUUAUAAUUAUGUUACGGGACCUCCACCUCCCAGUACUACAUAUAGAACAAUUAUAAAACCAGAUUCUGAAAUUUACCACGGAACGGGUCUUAAAGUAACGUUUGGAAAGACUGAAUCGGACUGGAGCCCGUCAAUAAAUGAAGCACAAAAAAGAGAUUCUAUUAGUGAAGCAAGCGAAAUUCAAAAUAAAGUUAAAAAAUCGACCGAACAAGAGUUUAAAAGAAGCUUUGUUCAACCAACACCAGACUAUCAACGGAGUAAUAAUAAUUUUGAUACGCCACAUAUCGCUAAUCAACCUCAAUUUAACGGAUUUAAUACUCCAAAGCCAAAUAUUGACCAUACGCAACAGCAAUUGAGAAAACCUAGUCAGUCAGUACAAAACUACUUCCGUGAAGAUAAUCCUCGGCCAAAUUUCCAAGGUCAAAUACCAAUCAUAAAUCGACAAUUUAAACCUCAGCAAAAUAAUUUCGAAGGUAUUGUUGAACAAAGACCAAUAGAGUUCAAAGAUAAUUUCCGAAAUCAACAAAAUUACCAACAAUCUAAUAAUCAACCAAAUUUCCAACAGUUGACAAAUCCACCAAAUAUUCAACAAUUUACUAAUCAACAAAAUCAUCAGCAAUUAAGUAACUCACCAAAUCAUCAACAACCAAAUAACCUACAAUAUCAUCAACAACCAAAUAAUCCACAACAUCAUCAACAGUUAAAUAACCCACAAAACCAUCAACAAUUUAAUAACCAUCAAAACCAUCAACAAUUAAACAAUCAACAAAAUGGUCCACAAUUAAUUAAUCAACAAUUUAAUAAUCAACAAAAUCAUCAACAGUUCAUUAAUCAUCCAAGACUACCAUCAGAUUUUCAACCAAAUCCACCACUUAGAAAUCCAGGUAAUUUCCAAGAAAGACCUGUACAGAUAAAAACAAAUAAUGAACGACCAUUUAUAAAUAAGCCUUUUGAAAGUCGUCCACCUCAGAGUAAACCGUUUGAGAGUCGACCUUUUGAUAGCAAACCGUUUGAAAGUCGUCCUAUCCAAGACAGUCAUUUUGAUAAUCGACCAAUAUUUGAUAGACCUUUUGAAAAUAAUCGGCCAAUUCAAAGCAGACCAUUUGAUAAUAGACAAAAUCAAGGCUUUGUUAAUUAUAGACCAAGCAAGCCCCCAACACCACAUAAUAUACCUUUAAAUCCUAAUCCAUCAUUUGUACCGGUCGAUAAACGACCAACUAAUCCAUUACCGCCUCAAUCGCCCAAUUUCAACAUUCAUCCAACCGGUACGAAACACUCAGUUGAUUUAGCUUUUUCUCCACAACAACAACAGCAGCAACACCAACAAUUUCAACAACAACAAUUUCAACAACAACAGUUGCAACAGCAACAGUUUAAACCCACCGAGACGCGUCAACUAGUCAACAAUAAUCCAACGUCGUUCCAACAACAGCCAAUAAUUAAGCAACAGCAAUUUUCACCAGAAAUAAAACCUUCUCAAAAUUUACAAUACCAGACAGUAAAACAACAGCAAUUUAUUCCUGACUUAAAACCGUCAGAAAUUCCACAACUUCAAAUUACUCCAUCACAUAGUUAUGAACUCCAGCCAAAUCAGCAGACAGCACAAUCUGGCCAAUUUAUCGAAACAUAUAAUAGGUAUCAACCAUCAACACAAACAGAACAAAAUUAUUUUCGUCCCGAUGAUAGCCCAUGGCAAGUAUCAAACCAACAACAAAAUUCGUUUAAUGUUCAACAGCAAGAGUACAAAGAACAAUUAAGUCCAAGUACGAUAAAGAAUACCAUUGACACGACAAGUAAAUCAAUUUUAAAAACAACUGAAAAACCAGCAUCAUUUGUAACGACGCAGUACAAAGAACGCAGUACACCAGCUGUUACAAUGGCAACUCCCAAAUCAACUACUACUGAAGCUGCUAAAAAUGAGACUAAAAAACCAGAUUUAAAAAAUAUCGCAUCGCUUCCGGACGAAGUUCCCGAUGAAUUAAGAGAGCAGCUCCUUUCUUCAGGAAUUCUCGGUAACGCCGACAUUCAAAUAUUAGACUACGAUAAAGUUGGCGAUAUACCAAUCGAAAAUUUACCACCUGAAGCUUUAGAAAAUUUAUACGGCCAAGGCAGCGCUCCGAUACCGUCGGUAGUCCUACCUCCGAAUAAAUCCAAUGUCCAAAUGAAAGUCGUCAAGUACGACCCUUCAACUGAAGAAGGAAGGAAAAUUGAAAAUACAUACAUCGACAGACCCAAGUCUCAAACUCUUGACCCUGUUGUCUUAAACGACACCGGAUAUAAUCGUUUUUUACCAUUGAACAUUAACGGUAACCAUUUCCCGAUACCAGAUUCACCGUUAUUGAAAAAUAAAUCCAUCGGAAGUGUAGUUAUAUUAUCACCAGUGGGCUACGAUUUAUCAGAAGACCAGUCCCGACCAUCUAGGAAUACCGCAGUUAAAGUGAAAGGAGUUCAUUUUGUUGUUGGUGAUAUUGUGAAAAAUCUUGUUAAAGACCCAAAUAGAGAAAAUUUUAAGACUUGGCUGGAGAAAGAAAAAAUUACACCUUCUGAUGAACAGUCAGUCAUCCUUUUGGUCACUAAGCCAAAUGGUAAGGAAAAUGGAAAGGAAAUUUACAUGUAUGACGUGACACACAAUCAGGUCAACAAAUUGUCCGGCGAAUUGAGUGCGACUUUCGUAGAUGUAGCAGAGUCAAACUCACAGAGUCACGAUUUGGACAACCUAUCGUCCGAAGAGGAGGUGGAUGUAUCCGGAAAUAGCACUAUUGAUAAUACUCCUGUCGUAUCCGGUUACAGCAAGACGAACGACUUCUCGGGCUCAAUUGUUGCCAAUGCCAAUAAUUAGACUGAUCUGUUAAACGUGUUAUUCUUAAAGUUUAAUUUAAACUCGCAAUUUUUUUAUUAAUCAUUUCCUAAACUAUACACAAAAAAAAAAAAGAA